ACGACUUCGACAACUGGCGAACCGUCGAUCCGUGCGGGUUUUAAUUAAAUGUCUGAAUUACGGUUGGGAGCCUACAGUCGACGCAGAAUACGGGUUUUCAGAGUGUGUUUACAUUUUUAAAAAAUGUAUAAGCUAAAUGUGCCUCUUGUUUGUAAGAAUAAAGGCGUAAAACCCGCUUUCCUCCGGCCGGUACUGUGUGUCCUCGGCUAGCCUUAGCAGCUCAGCAGCAGCAGUAGCAGUAACAGCAUGGCGGCCUGUGCUGUGUGUCGUGUAUGUAGACAACAGCCUGGACAGCUGCAGCUAUGGGCAAGACCCAGUCACUCUUAGCUAAGCAAAAAGACGAGAGUCAAGACGCUCUGACGGAGUAUGGGGGGAUUCAUACGGAAGAGGAUGGAAAGAAUGGAGAUGUGUCUCAGUUCCCCUAUGUGGAGUUCACUGGACGGGACAGCGUUACCUGCCCCACAUGCCAGGGCACUGGCAGAAUCCCUCGUGGUCAAGAGAAUCAGCUUGUGGCUCUGAUUCCAUACAGCGACCAAAGGCUCAGACCAAGCAGGACAAAGCUGUAUGUCACAAUAUCAGUCGCUCUGUGCCUGCUGCUGUCUGGCCUGGCAGUUUUCUUCCUAUUCCCUCGCUCCAUUGAUGUCUCCUAUGUGGGAGUGAAGUCUGCCUAUGUCUCCUAUGACCAUGACAAACGAAUUGUCUAUCUCAACCUUACAAACACACUGAACAUCACCAACAAUAACUACUAUGCCAUAACUGUGACCAACAUCACAGCCCAAGUGCAGUUCUCCAAGACUGUGAUAGGGAAGGCCAGGCUUAGCAACAGCACAGUGAUCAUACCACUGGAUGAACAGCAGAUUGAUUACAUGGUCCCCACCAUCAUCGCUGAUGAAUUGAGUUACAUGUUUGACUACUGCACCUUACCAACGAUUAAAGUUCACAACAUAGUGGUCAUGAUGCAGGUGAUGGUGACAACGUCUUACUUCGGCCACACGGAGCAGGUCUCCCAGGAGAUGUACCAGUAUGUGGACUGUGGGGGGAACACCACCUCGUUGCACGGGCAUGUGCAGGUCUACCAAUAAGGGAAGCAAAAGAGCUUAGGCAUCAGAUACUGCUGUUGACCUCCAUACAAAACAUCUUUGCUUUUAAUUUAGUCGUAGUGGCUCAUCAGUUUUUAAGUCCUGAAUAGUUUAUUCUGUUUAGAGGACAAACAUGAUGUUUAGAAUAGACGUUUUGCAAUAAAACCACCAAACGAUGGUUUAUCCCUCGUGAACCAGACCUGUAAAUCCUCCUCAUGGCCCAUAGACGAGAGGUUUGUAGUUUUUCCGGGCUGGUAAAAACAGAGCACAUCAUUCAAUAUUCAGUAUCACUCCUCCUCUGUAUUUGAAAUACUGGAAGCAAUAGCUUUACUUACGAUGCACUUUAGCUGGGCCUUUUGAAGAGAAGGUAAUGUGAAUAUUGCUUAAAUAGAAAGCUGCUCACAGCCCCUCUCAUUCUACACCACUUUAUGAAAUCGUUUCUAAAACGUGUGAGAGAGAAAUGACUUUUGAAAGUAAAACUACUGAGGUGUUCCUAAUCAUUCCUUUCUGCUCUUAUUUGACUCCUUUCUACAAACAGCCUCUCUCUUUUCGUUUCAUGAAUUUUGUUAGUGUGUAGAGCAGUACAGCAGACUCAUGACAUCACUGAUUUAUUCUAAACUUUUAGUUUUUGUGCGGUGUGUGUGUGUAACUCUGUUAAUCAUCAGGUUAAAAGCUACGCGUGACUACUCUGAAGACCUUAAUGAGCAUAUUUUACUGAAAAAUAAAAUACAUUUUUCACUUGGUAAGAAAAUAACUUAUAAUAAUAUUUUUAUGUCAUAGGCUUAUUCAUACAAAUGUCACCUUUUUUUAAAAAUUUAAAUUAAUCCUAUUUUUGUCGGCCAUGGUGUAAUUUGCUGUUUUGAUCACAUAAAUAUAAUUUCUUAAAUCAACAUGCAAAGUUUCACAGUUUAAAUCGCUGCAAAACCUCCACAUUUCUACACGUCAUUUUGAAGAAAGUAAACCGAAAUCGAGCUGUUCGUAAUAUUCCAUAAAUGUGAAAGUUUCCCAGCUAUUUUCUAACAUCUAAACAGUGGUUUUGUGUUUUUCAUGCAUGCCGGUGACAAUAAAAUCAAUUCAUUUUGA